AUGAAGCCUAAGAUCUUCAGCCCCAUUCUGUUUACCUUGGCUGCCGCCCGGAGCUAUUCACUUGAAGAACACUUUGACGUGCAAGCUAGUCUUUUGACCGACCCCAAAGAGGUUGCUGGGAAAACAUUUGAUUAUGUGAUUGCUGGAGGAGGCUUGACCGGUCUGACGGUUGCAACCAAACUGACAGAGAACCCCGAUAUAGAUGUUCUGGUCAUUGAAAAAGGCUUCUAUGAGUCCAACUGUGGAAGAAUCGUGGAGGACCUGAAUACCUAUGGCGACAUUUUUGGCACGGAGGUUGAUCAGGCCUACCAAACCGUUCCCCUUGCAAUCAACAAUCGCACGGAAUUAAUCAGGUCUGGAAAUGGCCUUGGAGGGUCGACCUUGGUCAACGGUGGCUCCUGGACUCGCCCAGACAAAGUCCAAAUUGAUUCGUGGGAGAAAGUCUUUGGCAAUGAGGGCUGGAAUUGGGAAAACAUCUUCGAGUAUAUGAAGAAAGCUGAGAAAUCUCGCCCACCAAAUGAAGCUCAGAUUGCAGCUGGCCACUCCUAUGAUCCCGCUUGCCAUGGAACAAACGGCACUGUUCAAGCGGGACCCCGUGAUAAUGGAGAACCAUGGUCUCCAAUUAUGAAAGCACUCAUGAAAACGGCCGCAGAGCGCGGUGUUCCAACGCAGGAAGAUUUCCAUUGUGGUCAUCCUCGCGGUGUUUCCAUGAUCCCGAAUACUGUACACGAGGACCAGACUCGGUCAGAUACUGCACGCGAAUGGCUUCUUCCAAACCACGAACGCCCUAACCUAAAAGUCCUGACUGGUCAAAGAGUGGGAAAGGUUCUACUCAACAAGACAAAGUCUGGCGCUAAGGCCACUGGGGUGAACUUCGGCACCCACAGGAACGUAAACUUCGACGUGUAUGCAAAGCAUGACGUCUUGCUUGCAGCUGGAUCUGCUAUCUCUCCUUUGAUUUUGGAAUGGUCUGGUAUCGGCUUGAAGGAUGUCCUUAGUGCUGCUGGUGUUGAACAGGUUGUUGAACUCCCUGUUGGACUCAACAUGCAGGACCAAACGACUACCACCGUCCGCUCUCAUAUUCAGUCUUCAGGUAAUGGACAGGGUCAGGCUGUUUACUUUGCAUCUUUUAACGAGACCUUUGGUGACUAUGCCCCUCAGGCCAUGGAGCUUCUCAACUCCAAACUUAAUCAAUGGGCUGAGGAAACGGUACGCAAUGGUGGUUUUCAUAAUGUGACAGCACUCAAGAUCCAGUAUGGAAACUACCGCAACUGGCUACUCAACGAAGAUGUUGCCUUCGCAGAGCUUUUCCUUGAUACCAUGGGUCACAUCAACUUUGACUUAUGGGACCUUAUUCCCUUUACUCGUGGUUCUGUGCACAUCCUCGCCAGCGACCCCUACCUUCAUCGCUACGCCAACGAUCCCAAAUUCUUCCUCAAUGAAUUCGAUGUCCUCGGUCAGGCCGCCGCCUCGAAGCUUGCCCGCGAAAUCUCCAACGCUGGUGAGAUGAAGAAGUACUUCGCUGGAGAGAGCAUCCCCGGUGACAACUUGGCAUACGACGCUUCCUUGGAGCAAUGGGCGGGUUAUGUUAAGAAGAACUUCCGCGCCAAUUGGCACGCUGUGAGCUCUUGCUCGAUGAUGUCCAAAGAAAUGGGCGGUGUUGUUGACUCCGCUGCCCGUGUGUAUGAUGUCAAAAGUCUUCGUGUCAUCGAUGGCUCUAUCCCACCGACUCAAGUAUCUUCCCAUGUCAUGACCCUUUUCUAUGGUAUGUCUCUCAAGGUUGCAGAUGCCAUCCUAGCGGACUACUAUAAGAGCUGAGGGGCUUGGUUCUGGACCACAAUUAUUAUGUUGUGGCAGAAACUUUUCAAGCAAUGAUCUUAGGUCUGCACUGACUCGAAUUUUCUUCUGACUUUGUAUAUUUUCCAAUAUUGUGUCCUU